AAGUGUCUCAGCCAAUAGGAUCGCGUAUCGCAGGUUUAGCGGGUGAUUCGGUCACAGUGUUCAGAGAUCUGUUCGCGGGAAACAAGAGCAGAAGCAGCACGGGGCCACAGAUCUGAUCAAAUACUUUACAGUUCUACAGAAUAUUCCAGAUCGGGUCGUACCGGAGCGUCGCGAUGCUUUUCCGCUCCAUCGUUGACAGAGCCGCGGGCAGACGGAGGCAGACCGCCCGUCCCGCAGAUCCCUACCCUCUCAGCUCUCUGCUGGACGGAUACCAGUGUGCCCGACAUGACGAGCACAUCUCCUACGGCAACCUGGGGGACUCCGUGCCGCCGUUUGGAUUGGCUUUCUCUUCAGCCGGGGACAUGCAGCACGUCCUUGCAGCGGCAAAUGAAGAGGGCAUUGUUCGGAUCUACAACACAGAGAGCCGCGAAAAGCCGCUUCUUAAAGAGUGGCUGGCUCAUGAGAAUGCUGUCUUUGACAUAGCCUGGGUACCGGGGGAGCCUCACAUAGUGACUGCUGCCGGGGAUCAGAUGGCCAGGCUGUGGGAUGUGAAGUCGGGGGAGAUGUUGGGCAGCUUCAAGGGUCACCUCUGCAGCCUCAAGUCUGUCGCAUUCGCGCCGCAGGAGAAAGCUGUGUUCUGUACUGGAGCCAGAGAUGGAAAUAUUAUGGUAUGGGACACCAGGUGCAGCAAAAAAGAUGGAUUCUACCGUCAGGUGAAACAGAUCAGCGGCGCUCACAACAAAGCAGAAACGAACCCCCCGAGCAAAACAAAGAGGAGGCGGGGCAGCACGCGGGGCAUGGCUCCCAGCGUGGACACCCAACAGAGCGUCACGGUGGUUUUGUUUCAGGAUCAGCACACCCUCAUCUCAUCCGGCGCCGUUGACGGAGUGAUCAAGAUGUGGGAUCUGAGGAAGAACUACACCGCACACCACCACGAUCCCGUCCCGCUGCAGACGUACCCGUACCCGGGUUCUUGCAUGCGCAUGCGACUGGGUUAUUCCGGUCUGGUUCUCGACUCCAGCAGAUCUAACGUCAUGUGUAACUGCACCGAUGAUAACAUCUACAUGUUCAAUGUCAGCGGAGUAAAAACGACCCCAGUGGCGGUUUUCAGUGGCCACCAGAACUCCUCGUUUUACGUGAAAUCCACGAUCAGCCCGGACGACCAGUUCUUGGCCAGCGGCUCGAGCGACAAUCACACGUACAUCUGGAAGAUCUCUGAUCCUCAACGUCCUCCCAUGACGCUCCAAGGCCACAGCGAGGAAGUGACGUCUGUCGCGUGGUGCCCGACGGAUUUCACGAAGAUCGCUUCCUGCUCUGAUGACCACACGGUACGGGUCUGGAGGCUUCGUCGGGAAAUGGAUGGAGUGCAAUCUUCAGUGGGACAGGCCAACCUUGUGGGCUGGGCACGUCCUAAAUCUCCCUCAAGACUUCCAAUCAAACCCGAAACAACCCCGGCCAAGUCGCAGAGGACCGAGAGUAUUGGUGGCAUGGCGUCACCCCAGCUCGCUGCCUGUGCCCCCAGUGGAGCCGCCCUGCCUCUUCCCUCCAGCACCACCUCACCCGUCCCCUCUCAGGACGCCAAGGCCUCCACCGCCGCCAUCCGCCAGAGGACGCCGUCUUCAACCAUCAAACAGUGGUUAUCCCCAAGCCGCGGAUCUCCCAGCCAGGCCAGCCAUCCGCUCCGCAGGGUGCUGAGCCCGUGUCCGCAGAGCCCGAAGAGCGGCGCUCCCUCUCCCACGGAACGACGGGCCAAACGCAGGCUGGAGACGGGCGACGGCGCGUCGGCCAGCUGCGAGAGGGCAGAGAAGUGUGACUGCGUUACUGAACUCUACCCGGAGGCCAAGAGAAGCCGGGGCCUGUCUGCUGGAAUCUGCUGCUCCGCUCAGGACAGCCGGGAACAAACAGACUGUCGGGUGGAGGACAACAAGCAGGCCUCAUCCAAACAGACUGGCAAAGAGAACUGCUCUCCCAGACCCAUUGACUGGCUGUCAGUGAUGGGCCAAAAGAUGAGGAAAGAUCAAGGAAGCCCCAGAAGCCCCAGAAGCCCGAGAAGCCCCAGCGUCUCUAAGAAACAAGAAGGCAAGACGCCAGCUUCACCAACUGUCCGCUCGCCACAAACCAUGAAGAAGAUCUCCACGUAUUUCACGAGAAGGCCUCUGGAGUGACCAAUCAGAUGCUCCGCGAUCCUGUUGUUUUUUUUUUUAAUAUAUAUAUUUUGAGUAUUUUUAACCUGAACCCACAGAUGAUGACAAGCCUCUAAGAACACUCAUCUGUGUCCAGAUGUCACGAGCAUGUGAACCCGAGCCGCACAGAGAUUGACAAAACCGUCAAUCGGAAUAUUUGAUGCGGCAGCUUUCACAUCCUGAGAGGCCGUUUUUUCUUUUAAUGGGGUCAAAGGUUUCGCAGUUACCCUCCUACGCAGCUUUCUGGUGCUGUGCAGAAUCUCUGGUUGAUGGAAAAAAAACAAAAUCAAGUUGCAUGUUGCUGAGUAAAUCUUUCAUUUUACUCAAACCUGACAAGGCUAAGAGAUGCAUUAGUGUUCAUCGGGAUGUUCAGGAGGUCGACAACACGUUGAUACUCGAGUGUCCGCGGUUGUGGACUUUUAAAUUCUGCUAAAAGAAAAUUAACAUUUAUUUGAUGCACAUAUUUGAGCUUUUUUAUGAACUUCACCAAGAUUUAUCGCUUCAUCUCUUUGUGGGUUUUUGAACUUUGUGUUUUUCAGAGUUACGUACUACAAGAUGUUUUUUUUUUUUUUCUUGAGCAAAUGCUUAAGCUGUUUAUAUGUACAAAAUAACCAAUGAGUGUUGCUUGGUUUGUGACACUAAUUUCCUGUUGUCAGAUUUUAUUAAAUAGAAAAAGAGUGUCUGGC